AAGUUUACUUCCGUAUCCAGCGAUGCGGAACAAAUGUCAAAAUUUUUCUUCACGUGUUUCUACUAUAUUAUUGACUGUUAACGUUAUCAUCUGUGUACAAGAUAAAGUAAACUGUUUAACAAGUAUUUCUUCUUCAAAAUCAAACAAUGGUUUCCCAAUGACAUCGUGUAAAUCUGACAAAAACAUGUUAGAAAGCGAGUGUGACAGGAAUUUAGAAAUUGACAGUGUGCAUUCCAACCAUGUUGAAGAGGUCCAUGAUGUUCCAAUUAAUGUUCUGAUCAGACCAAUCCCAUCUAUUCUAGAUGAGAAUAAAGUAAAAUCACUGAUGGAAACUAUAAAGGAUGAAAGCACAAGAGACAAAGUUCCUCCAAUUGAUGUGUUAUGGAUAACAGGUAGACAAGGAGGAGAUUACUUCUAUUCCUUUGGAGGAUGUCACAGAUAUGAGGCAUAUAAACGAUUAAAAAUGAAAACCAUACCAUGUAAACUUGUUAAGUCUACUGUAGAAAAUCUAAAAACUUACCUCGGAGGGUCAACUCCAGACUUACUGUGAUACAUGGUGAUAGCUCGAAUAUUUAAAGUGCUUUUUACUAGUGUCAGGAAUCCUAAAACAGGAGAUUUUCAGUGUUCUAUCACCAAAAGUUUUAUAAGAAUGUCAAAGCAAAAACACUCAGUAGAGCUUAUGAAUUGACUUAAAGAAAUUUGUUCAGUGAAACAUUAAGGCAUGUCAAUACCACCACUGCCAGGGUCUUAAAGACCACUCUGAACUGGCUGCAAAAAGAAACACCAUGUAAACCUUAAAACAGAGUUAUGUCAGUAAUAAAACUUAAGAUCUGUAGAUUCGAUCUCUUUCUGUAUCAAGGUAGAGGACCUGUAAUGACACUGCAAAUUCUGUUUCUAUUCUCAUUCGGCCAUUUGGAUGUAAAUGUAGCUCAAUGUGUACACAGCUUGCCAUAAAAACGUGAAAAUUCAAUGCUGAAAUUGCAUACAAAGAAUGCUCAAUUGGCUAAUUGUCAUUAUGGAUCCACUACGGUAACCUUAAUAUAUUGUUGUUAUGUUUGUACUCAUAAUUUAAAAAUUGAUAAAUGGUAACAACAUAUUUAUGUAUCUACUGGUAAUUUCAUAAAAUAAUGUAUCUCCCACCUAUCUAGAAUAAUAAGCACAUCUUAUUAUUUUUGUUUUUUGUUUUUGUAAUUCUAGGUUGCAUUCUUACCAGACAUGUUAUGUUAUUACCUUUUGGAUUUCACAUCUCUAUAACAUGUAUAAUAUGUCAUAUGGUUUGAACUUUAAAGAACAAGAUAAUUAACACCAUAAAUUCAGAGUUGUUAACCUAGUACAAUAAUAAUUUAUUAUUACAAAUGUAUACACAUUCAGCUGAAAUACUUUUUUGAAAAACUAUAUGGUAACAUGAAGUCAUUAAGGUAACGAUGUCAGUUCAUCAGCUAUUUUAGUCUUUGAUUAUUUAUAAAUCAAGAUAGGAUUAUUUACAUUUUUACGUCAUCCGCUUCUAAAAUUAUUUUACUUUCAUUUUAGAAACAUAUUUUGUAUAGCUUUCUAGAUGAUACCUCAGGGCUCUUUUUUUACCAAGAAGGGAAGGGGCCCGAGCCUGUGAUUUGGGGGUGGGGGGAAAUAGCUUGGUAUCUGGGCAAAGGGGAAUUAAAAAAACCUAAUGUAAAGUAAAUUUUUGGGGAAAACUGCAUGAUUUAAAAGGAAUUUUCUGAGAGGAAAGGCCCCUAUUAUAGAAGGAAAUAAAAACCCUGUACAUUGUACAGCAUGGAAAUAACUUGUUCAGUUUUGCGAAAUAUGGCGACAGAAUGUCCUGCCUUUUACGUGGUCAACAUGAUAAGUGAAUACUGCAUCAAAUUCAAGUUGUUAUUCUUAAUUGUUGUGACAAUAAAUACAAUGCCAUAUUGUUUAACCUGUAACCUGCACUGUUCACUAUUCAGUCGGCAAAUUUUCAGUAAAAAUCCCUUUGAAUAAUAAAUGAUAUUGCCCAAAUUGAAUGAUGGACCAGUCCAUUUUAGAAAUUUAGCAGGGUAAAGGUUAAACAUUAUUUAUUUCCCCUUCCCUAAUAUUGUUACAGUCUUGUAAGCAAUGGUGAUCUUGGAAAAGCCUUUCAAUUCAGUUCUGUGUGUAGACUACAGAACCUAAAGACUAUAUAUGAUAUAUAGUCUUGAUAUAUUAUAUCAAUUUAUUUUUGGUGAUUGAAAAUAUUUAUCAUUACACCUGCUAAUACUGUAGACCAUUCAAUAAUUAUUAUCACAUGUUAAAAAAUUCAUUUAUAUGUCUGUUUGUGUAUGUAACAAUAAAAAGAAAUAUUUAAGGCAA